UACCAUCAGCAGUAUUUGCGACAUAGCAAACGAAGCUGGGUUGUGUAUAAAUUUUCGAAAGGGAAAAUUUCGUUUUGUAAUAAAAUCCUACAUUAUCCAUUUUGUAGGAAAUAUUUUAAUUUAUAAUUUGUAGAUAUUUGAUUGUUGCGGAAAAAACAAUAAAGUGCUGCUUAAUAUUGGUUGGAGAGCUACGUAUGUAAUACUGAAAAAUCAAGUGCGCUAAUUUUGUAGUAUAAUUAAUAAAAAUUGUAAACACAACUUCCUAGUUGAUAUGUAUAAUGUUUGAUAUAUAGUCGGAAUCUAAGAAAUAUCAACCAGUUUCUAACCAGUAACAAUACAUAUAAUUGCUUUCUGUAUUUUCGUAUAUUCAAAAACCUAAAAUACAAUAAAAAUAUAUUUUGUGCAACAAACCAAAAAAAUGCUCACGGCAACUUCUUUAUCAAACACAAAUAAACAAUCAAAUGCAACUAAUUCAGUGACGUCCAUACAGCCUGUUUCCAAUGUUGCGUCACCAUCAAACAGUAUUAAAAAUAUAAAAAACGAACCAUUUACAUCCUUAUCACCCAAAAUUGUCGAAAAUGUAAACAAUACGAAUGUUAUGGACGAUCGUCCUAAUAAUAAUAAUUCUAGUAAUAAGAAUUUAACCAUGGAUACUCAAAUAAGUCAAACCGCCCGAGAACGGGAUAACUCAUCAUCGUCAAAUGUGAUUUUGAGACAAAACUCAAAUAACAUAGGUUCUUGCUCAACGAGUAUGGCUAUUGUUUCUUCUCCCAAUCAUGGCAGCGAACAUUCAAGUAACAGUAAUUUGUCACAGAGUAAUAUGGAUAAAGUAAAUUCAGAUAUUACCCAAGAAAUUAGCAAUGAUAAAUCGAUUAAGAAAAAAUGUAAUAGCGUUUCCAACCUAUCAGUGAAAGAAGAAGAUGGUUUGGAAAAAAUAAACACAAAUACAAUGACGAAACGUGUUACUUCUGUUACUCCAACCAUAAACAGCACAGCAUCAAUAAAAGAAGAGCCUGAUCGUAUAAAUAAUUUAGUUACAAUAAAAAAAGAGGACACUGCUAUAUCGCCAGAAAUGUCACCCGUUGGAUUUGGAACAAUACCACCUGUUAUUGGAGCAUCAUCGUCAGAUAAAUUUGCACGGGCUGGUACUCCUGUAAAACAAAAUGAAAUUUUGCCAAACAUGAACAAUAAUAACAGCAAUGAAAAGGCGUCAUCAGGCUUAGGAAACAAUAGCAGUUGUAACGAGGAUCUUAAUAUUGGAAGCAGAACUUCAAAUGAUAUAUGCAAUAACAAUAUAGGACAACAAAUUUUAACGACUUCUGUUACUGGAAAUGCUAACACCGGUAUAUUACUUGGAAAUUCUAUGGAGUAUAUGCAACAGCAAAAUCAUAUAUUUGUUUUUUCAACAAAAUUGGCAAACAAAGGAGCUGAAUGUGUGUUGAGUGGCCAGUUUCCGACUAUUAUUGCAUAUCAUUGCACUCAACCUGCGACAAAAAACUUUUUAGAGGAUUUUUUUAUUAAAAAUCCUAUGAAAAUGACAAAACUUCAAAGGCAAAAUUCGCUGAAUAUAUCCGGUUUGCCAGUUGGUAAUUGUGGUCAAGCUUGGUUAAGUAAUAGUAAUUCUAAUUCAUUAUCAAAAAUUCCACAAAAAGUAAAUAAUACAAAAAUAAAUUUUGGUGUUAUGGACGCAGCUGCAUCGGAUAAUAAAUUGCAUGCGAAAACGAAUUUACGACAGUCAAAUAUAGUUGGUUUUCAAGAAACAAGUGAUGCACUUUCUGGUGAAAAUGAUAUUAUGUGCUGGGAACAAUCACGAAAUAAUUUGGAAGAGUCUGGAACUACAGACAAUCUUCAUUCACAUAUUAAAUUAUUAGACGGAGUUGGUACAGAAUCUGCAGUGGAAGUAGCAUUAAAUCGCCAGAGCGUACCUAACAAAUCAAUUAAUUCAUCAGAUAUGAUUUCAGCUGAUAACAAUAUUCCAUCAUUACAAGGUGUUAAAGUACCAGAUGAGAAUUUAACUCCUCAACAACGACAACAUCGUGAAGAGCAGCUUGCAAAGUUAAAAAAAAUGAAUCAAUUUUUAUUUCCAGAAAAUGGUAAUGAGUUUCGUGCAGAAUCAAGUAAUAUGUUACAAGGAAAUAAUCAGCUGGAAAAACUAAGUGAUAAUGUUGGUAAUAACCUUACUGGACUAAUGUUGAACAUGCCGCCUGCGUCAGGACUUGGAACUCAGAUGGGAUGCACAAUAAAUCCUACUUGUAUGCGAAAUAUUUCGUCAAAUUUAAUAAAUCCAAAACAGGGUGAAAAUUUGACGACGGGGCUUGAAGAUGAGGCAGUAAUUGGAAAUGAUAUUAUGAGUGCUCAUGAUAUAGCUGGAAUUCAGUGCAAUAAUAAGAAUAGCGGUAAUAAGAACUCUAUUAGUAACCAGUCUAAUACAAGUUGCUCAAGUGAAUUAACUAUGAAUUCAAUAACAAAUAUCGGCAAUAUGAAUAAUAAUAAUGCAGUAUCAUGUCUUGGAGCAAAUCCUAGUACAACAGGACCUACUGGCAGUGGAGGAUUAAUAUCGAGUUCCCCAGAAAUUGUAGGAUUUAAUCAAAAUUGCAUUGUGAACGAUACAAAUACUGUUUUACAACAUAAAUCGAUGUCAACAAACUUACAUAAUCAAGAUGUUGGCCAACUUUGUAUGUCAUCGCAAAUGGAGUGGUCUAAAAUGCAAAAUCAAUUUUUCGAUGAUAGAAUGAAAAACAAUAAAACUUCAAACGGUAUAUCCAAUUCUUUAUGUCGUUCUACUUCAACUGGUGCUGGGAACUUGAGAACCAACUUAUCUACAAGCAAUACUUCUUCUACUUGCCAAAGUUCUCAGUCUCAAGCAAUAAGAUCUAAUCAAGGACCUCCUCCACCUUAUCACUCUACUCAGCGGUGUUCUUCGGUACCAAUCGCAAUACAAUCGCCAAAUCCCACCAGCCCGAAUAAUCCGACUUCAAAUUUGUCAUUACCAUCACCUCGCACAGCAGGUGGAAUGCCAGCAAAUUCACCAAAUAUGGAUGUGCAUACAAUUACAUCGACUCCAUCGACAUCGUCAAUGACAGCAACUGCAUCUACGGGUAAUUCAACAAAAACUAGCUUUACAACUCAAGAGAAUUCAUCACCAACCAGUAACAAUUCUAAUACCAAUCGUAGUCGGAAUAACUUGAAUCAGUUUAAUAGCAAUCCUAGUACACCAAUUUCAAAUAUGUCUCCAAAAGAUAUAGAGACUUUUACCUCCAAUUCGUCAACUGGUGACUUAAAAAAUCUUCGUCCUAGUCCACAGAGAUCACGAACUCCUUUAAUAUCUUCUAAUAAUAGUAACGUAUCAGAACAAAGUGGUAUAGAAUCACGAUUUCCUUCUGUUAGCCCUGGGUCCAAUUUUCCACAACACCUUCAAAAUAGUGGCAAUAAUGUAAGUCGGCAAACUUCAAUUCCGGUCCAAGGACAAUUGUGUCGACGUUCUGACAAUGUUCCAUUAAAUCCAAAUAUCAGUCGAUCAAAUCCGAAUAAAAUGAGUUUACCUUUUGAUCCAAUUUCAUCGCUUGCACAAAUGUCACAGCAGUUGACAAGUUGCGUACCAUUAAAUUCAGGAGUUGGAAAUAGCGUUUGUAAUAUGGGUGAAAAUAAUAUAUCUUCCAAUGUUAAUCAAAAUAUGGAAGCUCUGAUUUCUACCAUUGAUGGCAAUGUGGACCACUGUAGUCCAAUAUCAACAAACAAUGCAUUAAUACCACCUCAUUUGAAUACCGGUGGACCAUUCGGUACAAGUAACUGUCACAUUAAUCCGAUGAUUAAUUCAAUGGGUCAACGGCUGUUGAGCCCAAAAAUUUGCGGCAGUGGAUUUCCUGCAAAUACAAGUGGAAUGAGAGAAGCGCAUAAUAGCUUUCCUGGAAUGAUGCCUGGGCAUCCCCGUAUGAUAGGUCGAUUACCAUUUGGAAAUUUUAAUGUGUCGUCAAAUAUCCAAGUUAAGGCUAGUACGCCAAAUACAAUACAAUAUAUGCCUGUCAAGCCUCAAAACAAUGGGAAUAACAUGCGUAUACCUCCAAGUUUAGAAUUUCUUCAACGUUAUGCUAAUCCUCAAAUGUCAAAUGCGUCUAAUAUUAUUGAUAAUUCAAAUAUUACACCAAUCACAUCAGGAGUCAUACCUGACCAAACAAAACUAGUUAAUAGCAAUGUUCAACCUGGACAUAAUAUUAAUUUUUUUCAAAAUUGCAAUCAAAUGAGUGUUGGUGGAAGUAUUGGCGGCGAAGACGAAAUAGCAAGCAAUUUAUUGCAGGCACAUGAUAUGAAUAUGCCCCCGUUAAUAGCACGUGGAAUGAGACCUAUACGACAUAGCAAUAUGAAUAAUCCAGUUAUAACAGCACCAAGAAUGCAAGCUGCAACCAUGCCGCAAUUUUCUGGUAGUUCGCAAGAUAGUAUCGAUUGUAGUGAUCUCAACAAUGUAUUUUGUCCACCAACUAACUCACCUGCAACAGCAAAUCAGAUAUUUCCUGGAUCUGGUCAACAGAAACAAAUAAACAAAGGAAUGAGCGGAAUUUGUCAAAAUAUAAAUUCUGGGAAUUCAACUGGAAAUAAUAUGCAAGUUCACAACACCGCCCUUACACAAAAUGAUACAGCAGUUAUGCAAAGUGCUAUGAACGCACCAUCAGCAAUGUUAGGUGCAAACCCGAACAAUAAUAUUAUGCAGAAUACUCUUGUUUUAAGCAAUAAUGUAGGAUCUGCUGGUCCUUGUGCUGUUGGAAGUAAUACAAACAGCAAUGUUAAUUACAAAUCAUUUGUAGGGCCUAAUACUAAUGAUUUAAAAUAUGCUCAACAGUAUCAUAGUUUUCAACAGCAACUGUAUGCCACAUCAACAAGAAGUCAGCAUGUUGGCAGUGCCAACAUAGCCACCAAUAUUUCUGCUAAUGCUGCUUUUUUCAAUAAUAAAUAAUACAAUUUUUCCGAUAACUAAAUUGUUUUGAAUUUUACCAAUAAUCGUUAAUUUAAAUAUAUUACUUACUAUU